AUUUAAAGAAGUAUUUGUUUUGAUUUCGCAGUUGUGAAAAUCAGCUGAAUUCGUCUCUUACCUGCACAGAGCAUAAAAGUUGGUAGUCUCCCUGCUGACUUUAAUUAUUUCAUACAGAAGGCAGUCUCCUUAAAGUGUUGGAUAUAAGUGUUAGGCAAUGAGAAAGAUUGUACCUCAACAGGACUCUUAACACGUGACUUAAUCAUUUAGGCCUGUCAACAUAAGCCAUCUUAAAACUGCAUAAACUGAGGGUAUACUCGCAAAGGCCUCUCAACUUAGGCCCCACAACAUCACAUAUUUCCUAAACCACAGGCCUUGAAGCAUAGGCCUUGGAGUGAAUGCUCUGACCAUGGGUGGAGCAGUAAGCGCAGGAGAAGACAAUGGAGACCUUAUUGAUAAUCUAGUAGAUGCAGACUAUAUUAAAUCCCCAGGUGUUGAGCGUGUCUUCAGAGCUGUUGACCGGGCGGAGUACUACCUGCCUGACCACAGAGAGAGUGCAUAUAAAGAUCUAGCGUGGAAGCAUGGUAAUUUACAUUUGUCGGCACCAUGUAUAUACUCGGAAGUUAUGGAAUCUUUGAAUCUGAGACCUGGACUGUCAUUUCUAAACCUGGGGAGUGGAACAGGAUACUUGAACACUCUGGUCUCAUUGACACUAGGAGCAUACGGUAUCAACCAUGGAAUUGAGAUUCACAAAGACGUGGUUGAAUAUGCGCAAGAAAAACUUGAAGACUUCAAGAAAAAGUGCCAAAGUUUUGACGAAUUUGAAUUUUGCGAACCAAGCUUCGUGUGUGGCAACUGCCUAUUACUGGCUUCAGAUUGUCCCUUAUAUGACAGGGUGUACUGUGGAGCAGCGUGUCCCCCAGAACAUGAAAACUACAUGAAAAACCUGAUUAAGGUUAAUGGUGUGCUUGUCAUGCCUUUAAAUGACCAGUUGCUGCAGAUCACGCGAACAGGAGAAACCACUUGGGAAAAGAAAAAUGUGCUCCCUGUGUCAUUUGCCUCUCUGAUAAUACCCCAGGAGAAACAACUGACAGAAACUGUCUCAUUGCCUGAGGUGAAUGUGCUGAGUCUCCAGGAGUGUUGCAGGUCUACAAUACGUAGCAUUCUUCGAGACAACAUCACCAAAGAACACCCAGAAAUAUCUAAGAAGAAAACUUGUGGAAAGCGCAAAACCCGUGGUAGAUCUCGGGGGGUGAGCAUCAUGCCUAUGCCCAUGGGAAUGAUGAUAAUGGGCCAGUAUGAUAGCGACCGUGAUGAGGAGACUAACAAUGAAUCCUCCAAUGAUGACUGUAUGGAUGGUGGAGAUGGCCGCGAGAUGUGUACUUUGGAAGAGUUUCUGCAUAGCGAGAGGAGACGCCAACGCGAACAGAGAGAAACGCAAGCUGAUGAAUCAGAACAUACAGCCGAAGAUGAUGAUGGAAGGGAAUGUUGUAGUGUAGAGGAGUUCUUGGGGCGUCAUUCUAAUCGAGAAAGAGGAACAACGGUAUCCUCCAUGGAGGGCAACAUCGAGAUUGAGGAGGAAGACGAACCUAUGAAAGACAUGAAUGUGGUUGAUAAUGCAGUGCAAUGUGCACUUCCUAAACCUAAAAUUCUUAAGCGUAAUGGUAAAAAUGAUGUUAAGCUGAAUGGGUCAAAUGAUGUAAAGCCAAAUGGCUCUAAUGAUGUAAAGCCUGGUAGUUCAAUUGAAGAAAAAGCAUGUGAGUUAAAAGAUGUUCUCGGCUCGAAUGGAAAAAAUGGAGGAAAUGGUGAAAUUAAAACAAAUGGACGCAAAGGUCCAAAAGCUACUAAGUGUGAGGUCGAUAUACAUGUACAAAACAGUGAAAUGCAUACAUCAGACAUUGAUGAUAGUGAUGAUGGUAGUGCUAUAAGGCCUCGCCAAGUUAAACAAAAUAAGAGGAAAACUCCACGAGUUGAAGACAAUGCAAUGGACACGAUUGAGCCUGAGAGCUCAGAAACAACUCCAUGUGUAAAUACCAGUCAUAAGAAAGACACAAUGAAGACAUUGAAGCCAUCUUGUAUUCCAUUUAUCGAGGACAUAUCGGAGGAAGAGAUUGAUGAUGUGGCUGAGAUAAGGAGUACAGAGGUCAUGUGUACAUCUCUGUCUCCCUCCAUGAAAACUUAUAUGGCUGAGAAAGUGGACAUGUUACCUAUACCCCAACCACUUAAAUCGUUUAUUCUCUACUACAGGGUCUGAGUAGAGAUUUGAGUGAAAUAGUUUGGACAUUUUUGCUUGCAUAAGAAAUAAACUUGUGCAAUGUAUAAAUAAGGAAUAUACAGUUUGUAAAUCGAGAUUUGGAAGCUUAUUUCCUUGAGGGAUCUGUAUGUAAAUAUGUCUAGCUACAAGCCCCUUU